AUGUAUUCCAGAAGUUACUGUAACGGAAACAGUUGUGUGUUCCUUACGAAUGACGUGAAGAUAGGCAGUAAGAUCUAUAAGAUAGAGGCAGGUAAGUAUGAGUUGUCUAAGAAGAAAAUUAGGAUGAUCUACCCUUCUACCAUAAGAUAUAGUGUUAGGAAGUAUGUGUACAAUGAUGAUCUUGAGAGGGUUGUGAAUGUGAUUGUGGCCAUUCGCAGAUUUAUGUUUAGCGAGAACUUGAAAUGCUGCCCAGGUAUUAGGUUUCUUACAGUGAGAGUGUGUAGCGUGCUUGGGUGUGAGCCUAUUGAGUGGUUGAGGGAUAUUUAUCCAACUAAUGAAAAGGCAAAGCAUCAGUUUCUGUUUUACGGUAUAAUUGUCCCUACCCUGUCAAUAGAUGUUAGCGGUUGUAUUUACUAUAAGAAGUGGGAUAAGGAUGUGAGGUUGUGGUGUGGACGUAAGUAUAACAUUUGUAUUGGUUAUGAAUGGAAAAGUUGGGAUGAUCGUUGGACUGAGUUCUGGUGGAAGGAGAACAAUGAAUUGAACAAUGGGUUUGGGAAAUGCGGUAGGGGAAGAUAA